GAGAUCAUCCUCUGCGACUCACCACCACCGCGAGGCUUGCGUGUUUCUUCCGGUUUACCUGGAUAUUUCAGAGUUUAUCAACCAGGUUUGUCUUGAAUAUCUGUGAUUAUGGCGCCGAAGGGAGGAAACGCAAAGAAGGAGGCCGGUCGGGCCAAGAAGGCGGAGAACGAGAACAAGAAGCAGGCUGCUGCAGCUGCAGCCAAGGAGGCGAAGGAGGCAGAGCAAUGGCAAGACGGCGCGAAAACUAGCAGAAGCAAAGAAGAGAAAGAGGCCAGGCGGCAAGCCGAACUGGCACGCAAGGCAGAGGCCGCACGGCUCCUGGCUGAGGAGGAGGCGUCUCUUCCGUCGAAGCCUAAGGCUGCUCCCAAGGCUGGCGGGAAGAAGGACAAGCCUGCGCCGAAGCCGGCUGGGCCAGGAGCGAUCGCUGCGGGCGGUGGACUCGCCGACCCGACGAAGAAGGAGGAACCUGAGAGCUACUCGGCGACAGGUAUUGAUAAUGCGUUGGAUCUGCUGGAGGUUGUUACGGCGAAGAUGGACAAGGCGAGUGUGGGCAGCAAGGCGGCAGAAUUGGAGAGACAUCCGGAGCGACGAUUCAAGGCUGCGUUCGAAGCGUACAAGGAACGCGAGCUGCCGAACGUCAGGGCUGAGCACCCCGGCCUCCGACUGCAGCAGUACCAGGAUUUGCUGUACAAGCAGUUCCAGAAGUCGCCCGAGAACCCAUUCAACCAAGUCACGAUAUCGUACGACGCGAGCAAGGAAGAGAGGGUCGAAGCACUCAACAAGAAGAAGGCGGAAGUCGAGAACCGCCUCCGGGACAAGUCCUAGAGGCUUCCUUAUGGUCUUACUUGCCAUACAACCCCUCAAACUUACUCUCCACGCCAAGUAGAUUUGCGACUGCGCGCGCGGUCGGAGGCCAGAUGCUAGUGAAUGUGCACAGGAUCUACGCAGUCGGGGUGGCGUGGCGAAAAUUCGCGCGAGGCUGUUGUUGUACUCUAACAAACCACUGUAGCAAUGCUUUUUCACACAUGUUUCUAUCGUGUUUUCCAAUGCAUAUGGACAAUCUAUUCAUCGCC